UGCCCCGACCCUCCCUGUCGCAGCACCCCAGCCAGGGGGUGUCCCUGGGGGACAAUGUCACCCUGCGCUGCCACCUGCCCCAGCCAGUUGCCUGGGUCCGGCUCUGCCAGGAAGAACGAUUCCUCUCCUGCAUGUACAAGCACCAGGUACAGAACACGGCAGAGUUCUCCUUUGUUAGCACAAGUAAGGAACAUGCGGGGACAUAUCGGUGCCAGUACCAGGUGUCAGAGGAAUGGGGGGCAUGGCAGAAGAGUGACCCCGUGGAGCUGGUGCUGACAGAUUACAACUCACCCCCAGCCAGCAUUUCCCUGAGCCGGGAGGGAUGCGUGGAGAUGGGGACCAACGUCACCCUGUGUGUGGAGACAAGGACCAAUGUCACCAUCCAAUGUAGGAACAAGGAUAACGGGACCUCCCUCCUCCUGCACAAGGAUGGGUGCUCAGCCCCUGUCCAGCGCCAGGAUCCUGAUGGUGCUGGCACGGCCUCCUUCCUCCUCUUUGGAGUGACCCUGGCAGACUCUGGCACCUACAGGUGCUCCUCUCACAGCAGGAACUUUCCCUUUGUGUCCUCACCGCUUGGGGACAGCGUGACGCUGGAGGUGACUCCCACACCCACACCCCCAGUGUCACCCAUGGGUGGCAGAGUCAUCACAUCCCAUCCCUCUGCAGGUGAUGCUGGGGAUGAAGACACCCAAAUACCUGCAUCCCACAGUGCUGAGUUGGUGUCCCAUGGGAACCUGGUGCUGGCGGUGGUGAGGGGCUGCGCUGCUGCCCUCAUCUUUGGCCUCGGCAUCUUCUUUGUCAUUGAUGCCCACAGGCACUGGAUACAGAGAU